AAUCUGUUCUUUGGUUGAAGAAAAUAGGUUGGUUUUUAAUCGGGAUCGAUGUGCUGAGUUAUCGGAACCAACAAGAAAGGAAAAUGGCGCAGGUUCUGAGAAGGACUAGUGGUGUUGGCAAGCCACUUGUGAGACGUUUCGCUACUGAAGUGGACCCAAAUCUGAAGAAAUCAGAGGUGUUUCUUCCUAAGGUAGCCGGAAGAGAUCCACACAAUGAGAUUGGAAAAUGGAAUAGCAUCUCCUUCUUUUUGGGUAUUCCUGUCUGUAUUUUGACACGUAUCUAUGAGCAGAUGGAUGAAUCACAUGGAAAAAGAAAUCCAUUUGUUCCAUAUUCCCAUCUUCGCAUCAGGAAGAAGGCUUUCCCCUGGGAAGGUGGUGCAGAAAGGAGUCUGUUCCACUGUCCCAUAACAAACCCUGGCUCCCAGGGAUAUAUGGACCUGUCCCCUGAUGAGGAGAUUUCCUGGGGAAAGUACAUGCAUGGUGAACACUAAGAAAGACACUUGUGAUAGAGAGUAUUUGUGAACUAGCAUCAAAUAAAGUCAUUGUUUAUUCCUUAAA